AUGACUAUCACACAGAAAGACAUCAGAGCUCUGUUUGCCAAGCUUCGGUCUUUCACGGACCAGUUGCAGGCUACUCUUGAAGAGCGGCAACGCUUGACCGAGACUCUCAAGCUUACUCCGUCGCUGGACGACAAUAUGGACUUGAUUAAUUUGCUCGCAAAGAUCAAAAAGAGUCUCCAGUAUCUACAUCUGGAUAUCUCCACCGGUCACGCUGACCAGUUUGCCACACAGUUCGCUACCAUCGUCGAUUCAUAUACUGAGCAGCUUGCCGUUUUGUCGAAAGAUGCAUAUGUCGAUGCCCAUGAGUAUGAAUACACCGAGAAAAUCACCAAGCCGGAGGCGCCUGAACUCACUACCAAGAAACUGGUGCGGUUCAAGGACUACAACACUGAUGAUGAUAAUAUGAGGUCUCAGCUUAUGGGCACCCAGGGCCAGAUCAAGCCAUAUCGGGACGACCCGGAGGAAGCGGACUCCCAGUCGUUGAAUUCUGUAGAUACUUCCAACCGUGAGAUGUUUGCGCAGCAUCAGCAACAGCUUUUGCAGCAAGACGAGAAUUUAGAUGCAUUGCAUGAAUCGAUCAGAGUCCAGCACUCCAUGGGCCGCAAUAUCAACGACGAGUUGGACGACCAUCUCAUAUUGCUAAAUGACUUGGAACGAGGUGUGGACGAUUCUGGCUCCCGCUUGGGCCGGGCCAGUCUCCGACUCAAGGACUUCCGUACCCGUUGA